AUGUCUGAUCUUCCGUCCGAGUUGGUAGAAGAAAUACUCUCUAGGGUUCCAGCCACAAUUCUGAAACGAUUUCGAUCUAUUUGUAAACGAUGGAAGGCUUUAUUCAAAGACAGAAGAUUCACCGAAAAGAACUCUGGUAAAGCUCCAAAGCAGUCCCUGAUUCUAUUAGUGAUGUUGACGGAAUUAAUAACUUUCUCAGUAAGCAACAGUCUCAACGUCGCUGAUCUAUCUUCUAUAGAGUUUAAGGUUCCACUUGGAUUAAAGAAUAUUACUCAUUUAUCUGAUUCAGAAAAAGUAAGAGAAGUUUUUCACUGCGGCGGUUUGUUGUUAUGCACCAUCACCCCAUGUGAACUCGUUGUUUGGAAUCCGUGUUUGGGGGAAACCAGAUGGAUCCAACCCAAAAUUGAUUUCAAGGGAUGGUCUAAGUAUUCUCUAGGUUACGAAAACAACAAAUUUUGCCUUAGCUUCAAA